CAGGAGCCCCAGCCCCCCUUCUCUCAGGAUGGGGGACAACACGAGCCCCAUCAGCGUGAUUCUGGUGAGCUCGGGGAGCAGGGGCAAUAAGCUGCUGUUCAGGUACCCCUUCCAGAGAAGCCAGGAGCACCCCGCGUCCCAGACAAAUAAGCCGAGGAGCAGGUAUGCUGUUAACAGCACCGGGGACCACUCUGAGGACCAGGACGGAGACUCCAGAGAGCUCUGCCCACCAGCCGAUGAGCACGCGGUUGCAGGGUUUUCAGAUGUUAUUUUAGCAACGAUUUUGGCAACUAAGUCUGAAAUGUGCGGCCAGAAGUUUGAGCUGAAGAUUGAUAACGUGCGGUUUGUUGGACAUCCGACACUGCUGCAGCACGCGCUGGGGCAGGUGUCCAAGACGGACCCAUCCCCAAAGAGAGAGGCGCCCACCAUGAUUCUCUUCAAUGUGGUCUUUGCACUGAGGGCCAACGCGGACCUGUCGGUCAUCAGCUGCCUGCACACGCUGUCUCGGCGCAUCGCCGUGGUGCUGCAGCAUGAGGAGCGGCGCUGCCAAUACCUCACUCGCGAGGCCAAGCUGAUCCUGGCGCUGCAGGAUGAGCUGGCCGCCAUGGCCGACGCCAGCGAGGGUCCCCAGUCGCCGUUCCACCACAUCCUGCCCAAGUGCAAGCUGGCCAGGGACCUGAAGGAGGCCUACGACAGUCUCUGCUCCUCAGGCGUGGUGCAGUUGCACGUCAACAACUGGCUGGAGGUGAGCUUCUGCCUGCCGCACAAGAUCCACUACGUGGCCGAGAGCCUCAUCCCGCCCGCGGCCAUCGAGCGCAGCCUCAAGGCCAUCCGCCCCUACCACGCCCUGCUGCUGCUGAGUGAUGAGAAGGCUCUGCUGGCCGAGCUGCCCGUGGACUGCUCCCCAGCCCUGGUGCGCGUGGUAAAGACCACCACGGCCGUGAAGAACCUGCAGCAGCUGGCGCAGGAUGCCGACCUGGCUUUGCUUCAGGUGUUCCAGCUGGCAGCCCACCUGGUGUACUGGGGCAAGGCCAUCAUUGUCUACCCGCUGUGCGAGAACAACAUCUACAUGCUUUCACCCAACGCCAACGUGGGUCUGUAUUCCCCGCUGGCCGAGCAGUUCUCCCGCCAGUUCCCGUCCCACGACCUGCCGUCUGUCUUGGCCAAGUUCUCCUUGCCUGUCUCCUUAGCAGAGUUCAGGAGCCCCCUGGCGCCCCCAGUGCCAGAGACCCAGCUCAUCCAGAUGGUAGUGUGGCUGCUGCAGCGGCGGCUGCUGGUCCAACUGCACACAUACGUCUGCCUCAUGGCCGCACCCCGUGAAGAGGAGGCACCGCCACGGGACGAUGACCCGCCCCUCCCCGCCAGAGUCGGGGGCCGCAGCCUCAGCACGCCCAACGCCCUCAGCUUCGGCUCCCCAACCAGCAGCGAUGACAUGACUCUGACGAGCCCCAGCAUGGACAACUCCAGUGCUGAGCUGCUACCCAGCGGGGACUCACCACUCAACAAGCGGAUGACUGAGAGCCUGCUGGCCAGCCUGUCGGAGCACGAGCGGGAGGCCAUUCUCAGCGUGCCAGCCGCCCAGAACCCCGAGGAUCUGCGCAUGUUUGCCAGGCUCCUGCACUACUUCCGGGGCCGCCACCACCUGGAGGAGAUCAUGUACAACGAGAACACGCGGCGCUCACAGCUGCUCACGCUCCUGGACAAGUUCCGCAGCGUGCUAGUGGUCACCACCCACGAAGACCCCGUCAUCGCCGUCUUCCAGGCACUUCUGCCCUGAGCCACCGGCCUGGAGCCUCCACCAGGAACAUCCAGGGCCGGGGUCCACCCCUCCUCUCUGUGGGCACGAACACGAGGCGCACGCCAGGCAUGCACACCACUCUAGAACAAGAGCAUUUAUUUGUAGCCUAAACAAGUAAAAACCACCUGGUGGGCCUCAGUUCAGGGCUGCACCCGCUCAGCCGCCCUGUCCACCACGCUGACAAAGGGGCUGCCCUGCACGUAGAAGCGCAGGGCCUUGUGGGUCCACUCCCCCGCUUGACCGAUGCCCACCCGGGCUGCAGCCACCACGGUGGGUUCAGGCCCUGGGGGGCCGGGCUCCAUCCACACUGCCCCGUCCGUCGCCAGGUCACGCUGGUCGAAGCUCUUAUCGAUGGCCAGGGCCUGGCACAGCUUGGAGGGGCCACUGCAGAGCUGGCGGUCCUUGAGGGUGCGCCCAGAGGUGCCCUUGCCCAGGGAGCUCCGCAGCUGCCUCAUGCUCUCCAGGCCCUCCAGGGGCUCCAGGGCCCGCAGCAGGACACACGCCCCGUCCCCUGCAGGACAGACGGACCGGCUGCAGGAAAACACAGCUGCCUUGGGGUGGGGGGUGGGUGUGGCUGUGCCAAUGCUCAGGAGUGUCAGGCAGCCCUUAAGGAAGUUUCCAAUCCCACUUCCACCCCGGCCAGCUCUGGGAGUCCAUACUUGACACAGCAGGAGCAGUGUUGCCCUCUUUAGCCUGGCUGAGGUCCCCUCCCCAAGCCACUCAGGCUGCCUUAGAGGCACAAGAUGAUGACCGGCCUGGAUGAAGAAAUGGCACUGCCUAAAUUCUCUGCUUGUAAAGGUGGGGCUGAGUCCUCCUGAGACCCACCGGCCCCAGCCAGCUCAGCUGGCCCCUCCCACCUGCACUGCCAGGAUCACCUGUAGCUCUGAGGGUCAGCCUUGCUCCUGGGCCCCUGUCCACCCAGGCUCCCAGAUGCAGGCCCUUGGUGGGACCAGGUGGCCUGACAGCUCCAGAGAACUGGCCCUGGGUGGACACCUGCUGGCACUGGGCUUGUGGCCAGAUGUCCCUCAACUAGUCAGUUUUCAAAAACCACGACCUAAGGCAAGGGCAGGCCUGACACUCAGCCCUGUCUGCCACCCUGGGCUGCUCCGGCCACCAUGGCAAGAGUGGCCGAGCCCCUGGGCAGCUCAUCUUCCUACUCCACAGGCGAAGGAAUGGCCUCUUCCCACAGGUGGCUGUGAGUUUCCACACCUGACCAAUAAAGCACACUGACAACUAA